AUGGGAAUUCCUCCUGAGGAAACUCAGAAGCCUUGCUCCAGGAUCCAGACCCUGUUUAAGAGGGUCAAGACCUUACUCACCAAAGCCCCACCUCCACCUCCACCUCCGCCCCCACCCCCACCCCCCUCCCGGAACCUGGGAUGUACACAUGUGUAUGGAUAUGUGUUUGGGCACAUGCAUGAAAGCAACCUGGAGCAUCUUCCAUCACAACAGGUGCUGGACACAGGAGAACAGAUCAUGGUGCCCGUGGAUGUCCUGGAAGUAGACAAUGACGGUGCCUUGUGGAAGUUCCUGCUCUCAGGAGCCAUGGCUGGGGCAGUGUCUCGCACAGGCACGGCCCCUCUGGAUCGUGCUAAGGUGUACAUGCAGGUCUACUCUUCCAAGACUAACUUCAUGAACCUGCUGGGGGGGCUACGGAGCAUGGUCCAGGAGGGGGGCUUCCGCUCCCUGUGGCGGGGCAAUGGCAUCAACGUGCUCAAGAUUGCUCCCGAGUACGCCAUCAAGUUCUCUGUCUUUGAACAGUGUAAGAAUUACUUUUGUGGAGUCCACGGGUCCCCACCCUUUCAGGAACGUCUCCUCGCUGGCUCUCUAGCUGUGGCCACUUCCCAGACACUCAUCAAUCCCAUGGAGGUGCUGAAGACACGGCUGACCCUGCGCCGGACGGGACAGUACAAGGGGCUGCUGGAUUGUGCCAGGCAGAUCUUGGAGCGGGAGGGUACCCGCGCCCUUUACCGUGGCUACCUGCCCAACAUGCUUGGCAUCAUCCCUUAUGCCUGCACUGACCUGGCUGUCUAUGAGAUGCUCCGGUGCCUAUGGCUGAAGUCAGGCAGGGACCUGGAAGACCCCAGUGGCUUAGUCAGUCUGUCGUCAGUAACGCUGUCCACCACCUGUGGCCAGAUGGCCAGUUACCCACUGACUCUGGUGCGCACCAGGAUGCAGGCCCAAGACACCGUGGAGGGCUCGAACCCCACCAUGUGCAGAGUCUUUCGGCGGAUCCUGGCAGAGCAGGGCUGGCCAGGGCUGUACCGAGGAAUAACCCCCACAUUGCUGAAGGUGUUUCCAGCAGGUGGCAUCAGCUGUGUGGUGUACGAGGCCAUGAAGAAAACCCUGGGUGUACAGACUGCAAGCUAGAUGACACGCAAUGGGCAGAAAUGGGACAGGAGGACCCAGUGUCCCCUGCCCCCAAAGAGCCCUCCAGGCUCAGGCCCUAGGGCAGUUUUUGGCGGCAAAAUUAGGCUGCAGGCCUGGGUCAGAAGAUUGCAGGGGCCCUUUCCGCAUGGUGCAGCCUGGGACUAGAGCUUCAACUCCAGUCUAGCUCCUUGAGGCUCAUUGUAGUUGGUUCAAUGGUGAACAGGCAAA